AUGGCCGCCAAAGAAAAGCGACCGGAGCUCAUCGCCCUCGCGCGUGAUCUGAACGGGGUGCCUAUGUGUGAGGAUUACGAGAAGAUGAUAUCGGGCAUGCUGUAUAACCCGCUGCUCCCGCGGCUGGUGGAAGGCCGCCAUCGCUGUCGGAUCCUCACGGCAGACUAUAACCAGCUGGACCCACGGACGGUGUCCUACGACAAGAUCGCAGAAACCCGGUUUGAGCUUCUGAAGAAGCUGGUCGGGCGGGUGGGCGAGGGCACCUUUGUCGAGCCACCAUUCCUUCCGGAUUAUGGCUGCAAUGUCGUCAUUGGCAAGGAUUGCUUUAUCAAUUGGAAUUGUACUAUCCUGGACACGUCCCUGGUGAUCAUUGGAGAUCGCGUCCAAAUGGGCCCCAACGUCGGCAUAUUCUCCGCUGGGCAUGAAACAAGUGUCUUGUCACGGCGGAAGUUCGUCGAAUUCGGCCAUCCCAUCAAGAUCGGAGAUGAUUGCUGGAUCGGAGGUAACGUGCUCAUCCUUCCAGGCAUUACAAUCGGCGAGGGUUGCACGAUCGGCGCGGGUUCAGUGGUCACAAAGGACAUUCCUCCGUUCUCAGUAGCGGUGGGAAGUCCCUGCAAAGUCAUUAAGACUAUCCAAUCGGCAGAAGAAGAAGAAAAGGAUCCUAGCAAUCCUUAUGCGAACAUGGUAAGAGAGCUGUGA